AAAGUUGCUACGUUCCUGAUCGAACGAGAAUAUAGUGGGCAACGCAUCAUACGAUUUCGUCAAUUCGCUUUCUCCAGUCGACAGAUUAUAAACUUAAAAAGCAUACGAAAAUAUAAUUUAUUUACUCUUGUAAAAUAUAUACAUUGUUAUAAGUAAAUAAAAUCAUUCUGAAUUAAAGAACGUAAAUAUGAAAUCAAAGAAAUCAAAUAAUAUCGGGCUAUUAUAUUUAAAAACUUAUAAUUUGCUACAAGUUCUUGGCUGGAGUUACAUAUUUUAUAAGUUUAUGGUAAAUGAUUACUCUUCUAUAUCAAAAGCAACUCUAUGGUACAAUGUUAAAUGGCCUGUUAUUAUCUUUCAACAUGCUGCUCUUUUGGAGAUAUUCCAUGCUGUGACUGGUUUAGUUAAAUCAAAUCCUGUAAUUACAACUGUUCAAGUGUUUAGUCGUAUUAUAGUUGUAAGUGGAGUACUAUUAGCCACUCCAGAUAGUUAUGCAGCAUCAUCUUUUGGUGUUCCAUUAGCCAUCUUUGCAUGGUCAAUAACAGAAAUAAUUAGAUAUUCAUUUUAUUAUUUGAAUCUCAAUAAUUUUGUUCCUUAUUUCCUUACAUGGUUAAGGUACACAUUAUUUAUUGCAUUAUAUCCAAUAGGUAUAACUGGAGAAUUAUUAUGUUUAUAUUCAGCUGUAAAUUAUGCAAGUUCUCAUCCAGAUUUCUGGAGUUACAGACUUCCUAACUUAUGGAAUUUCAUCUUUAGUUACUAUUGUGUUCUUGUAGCUAUUAUGCUAUCAUACAUUUCCCUCUUUCCACGUUUAUAUUUACACAUGUUUGCUCAAAGACGUAAAAUUAUAGGAGGUGAAACAUCCAAGAAAUCUCAUUAAUAUAAAUGAAGUUUUAAUAUAUUUUAUUAACAUUUUAUGAUAUCUGUGGUGAAAAUAAACAUUGUAAUAUAAAGAAUAA